GGCGGCUGCUGCGCCCGUUGGCCGCGGGCUGAGGCGGGCUCGGGGCGGCGUGCGGGCGCUCUCCGCCCGCCAGCGCGGCCCGCGGAGGGGCGAGGGCAGCGGCUCCCACCGGUGAGAAGCCGGCCUGCUGGGGCGGUGACCAUGGCGCUGGUGCUGGACCUCCUGCGGCGGGUGCUGCAGUACUUCGGCUGGCCGUCCGAGCAGGCCGUAUUUUUGGAAAGCGGCGUGUUUGGCGGCAGCAUCAGCCGUGCAAUCAGGACGUGCCUUCCCUCAGCAGCCACAUCGAGGAGGCGUUUCCAGCAGUUACACGCAGUCGUAAGGAAGUAUCAGGUCAAGGCCAUAUCUGUUUGCCAAAAGAAGAAAUACGGAUCUACUCGAAGUGUUGUUCGUAGACUUGGGACAAUUCUUUCCUUAGAGCCCUACCCAAGACCUUGUUUUCAACUUGUUCAAGAGCCAAGUCCAUUGGGUUAUGAUGAACAAAGCACAGCUCCCCGUCUUGUAGCUCCAUCGCUUGCUGAUGUCCUGUGGGUGGCAAAUGGUGAGGGACAAGCGUUUACUAGACUUAGAACUGAAUUAUGGAGAAAAGAAGAAAGUACAGCUCAGUGUGACGUAUGUCCAUCUACGGACUCAGUACAGAGUGCUCCAAAAAACAGUACACAAAAAGACAGUCUUGUUGAUCAAGCAGCACUCCAGAAAAUUUCUGCACUUGAACGUGAGCUAACCUUUCUUCGUGCUCAGAUUGCUGCGAUUGUUUCAGCGCAGACAUUGGGAGGCAUUCCAUCAAAAGCCUUUAAAACAUUCAGCACUCCAGAUGGAUUUUACCCAGUGCCAGCCAUGACUUCUACACCAUUGUCCAUCUCUCACAAUCACUUUGUAAUUCCCUCACCCCCUCCACUUCCUUCUGGUGUACCAUCUGGUGUCGAUGCUAGUAAUUCGGCAGUUGAACUUAUAAAGCAACGUCGUGCUGCAAGGAACGGUGGUUCAACUACAGCUGAUAGUGCUGAUCACCAGAGGGCAAAGAACGUUCCUAGUAUGAUGGAUGUUUUGAAAGACCUAAACAAAGUUCAGUUGCGAGCUACUGAGAGGUCACCUGGAGGUACUCCACUUUCUAGACCCAAAAAGAGGCAAAGUUCAGACUGGGAUCCAGUUGCUGUACUAACUCAUGCACUACAGCAGAAAUUUGCACAUAAAAAUUAUGAAGACGAUUCCCUGGACAAAGAAAAUCAAUCUUUUGAUAGCUCCCCAUUUUCUAGUCCAGAGAUCCCACUGGUUGGACGUUGCAGUCUGAAACCAAAUGCAAAAUCUAGACUUACAAGAACUGAUGAAGUUAAACAGGUACCGACGUGGAAAGUGAGAGCUCAUAUUUAACUGAUGGAGGCUUCUGAGGAAACUUCAUCGCGUGUGUAAGUGGCAGGUCCACUCGGAAACUGCUGUAAGGUGCUGUAAUGUGUUCUAGAACAUCUCUCCUAUGCUAUUGAAGUUUGGGUGUUGUUUGGUUUGCAAAAUGGCCUCUUUCUUCUCCUUAGUUUUCCAGCAGACAAACUUGUGAGUGUGAUGCUUUUAUGAGAAGCACAGAACCAAAAGGAACCUUUAAUGAUAUGGAACAGUGUGUUUGAAACCUGGGAAAUGCAAGAAAGAAGUGUAUGUGAAAGAAAAAUAAUUAUUGGUGUGGCAGCUGAGGCAUGCACUCUGUGUGCUCCAGUGUAAAUAAUGAGGAAGCAUAAACUUUUUGUUAGUGUGUUAUAUGUAAACUGACUGUAUAUAAUGGUAGCUAAUACUGUUAUCAUUAGAAUGGUAUAGUUCCCUCAGUUUUCUCUGCAGUUUGCUGAUGCAAGUCUGUGUUCCAUUUGCAAACAGUAUUGUAAUUUAUUUCAGGUCAGUAGGUGAACUUUUAUGUGUUUGAAACUUUGUUCUGCUGUAAGUAAACUGCAGGCUGUCUGUUAAAUGCCUGUUAACGCAGGGGAGUUGUUCUGAGAUUAAUAAAAGAGCUCGUAGAGAGAUCUGCUAGUACAUAGUCUAAAUUCCACAAGUAAACAAACAUCAACUCCCUCCUUGGCUUCUCCAUUUGAAGUCUGUUUUGUUCACAAGAGUUUAUAAAAUAAAAUUUCCUUUAUAUCACCA